GCUUUUCCAAGCCCCAAAGGUUCUCCAAUCCAGCAGGGAGACACUCGGGUUGGGGGAGGUUCAUUUGACCUUUCACUCCUUCCCAUGUCCCCAGGGUGUCCCUGACUCACUGCACGACUCCACAUCCUCUUGGGACAGCGAGGAGAGGACGGCCCAGCCCUGCCCACGUUGGAGUGCCCUAAUUGGCAGCACUAAUUGCCCUGACCAGGCUUGUGGAGGGUUCCCACCCACCCACCACCCACCCCUUGGCGUGGGAGCCCCAUUUAAACCAAGCUCCCUUCUUUUGGGCCCUGUUGGAACUGUGCUGAGUCCACGCUGGAUUUGGGCUCGUGGUUGUUUCCCUCCUGGCUGUGGAGCUGCCUUGGGAUGUCCCUGAGGACCUGGACCCUCCUGGCUGUUCCUGGCCGAGCCGAGCCCGCGGCGAAGAUGAGGCUGGUUCUGCUCCUCAGUGCCCUCCUCGGGGCUUCCCUGGCCCUGGAGACCUUCGUGGGGCACCAGGUUCUCCGGAUCCAGACCAGAAACGAGGAGGAGGUGAGGCAGCUGCAGCUCCUGGAGUCGCUGGAGCACCUCGAGCUGGAUUUCUGGAUCAGCCCCUCUGCCCCCGCCCUCCCCGUGGACGUGAGGAUUCCUGCUGCCGGCGUCCAGUCGGUCAAAGCCUUCCUGGAAUCCCAGGGGAUCGAGUAUUCCGUCCUGAUCGAGGACCUGCAGGAUGUUCUGGACAAGGAGCAGCAGGACAUGGCCGAGAGCGCCCAGAGGGAGCGAAGCACCAGCUUCGACUUCAGCUCCUACCACACCCUGGAUGAGAUUUAUGCGGAGCUGGACCACCUUGCAUCCGAGCACAGCUUCGUGGAGAAGAUCCAGAUCGGGGAAUCCUACGAGAAGCGCCCUCUGUACGCCCUCAAGUUCAGCACCGGCGGAUCCAACCGCCCGGCCAUCUGGCUCGACGCCGGCAUCCACUCCCGGGAGUGGGUCACCCAGGCCAGCGCCCUCUGGAUCGCCAACCAGAUCGCCUCCGGCUACGGAUCCGACUCCUCCAUCACCUCCCUGCUGGACAAGAUGGACCUUUUCCUGCUGCCAGUGGCCAACCCUGAUGGUUUUGUGUACACCCACACCUGGAACCGCAUGUGGAGGAAGACGCGCUCCAAGAACGCAGGCAGUGUCUGCUACGGGGUGGAUCCCAACAGGAACUGGGAUGCGGGCUUUGGAGGUCCCGGGGCCAGCAGCAGCCCCUGCUCCGACUCCUACCACGGCCCCAGCGCCGAGUCCGAGGUGGAGGUGAAAUCCGUGGCUGACUUCAUCAGGAACCACGGGAACUUCAAGGCCUUCCUCACCCUGCACAGCUAUUCCCAGCUCCUGAUGUAUCCCUACGGAUACAAGUGCACCAGGCCCGACGACUACGCCGAGCUGGAAUCCUUGGGAAGAGCUGCUGCCAAUGCCAUCAAAUCCGUGUACGGCACCACCUUCCAAGUGGGGCCCAUCUGCUCCACCAUCUACCAGGCCAGCGGGGGCAGCAUCGACUGGGCCUACGACAUCGGCAUCAAAUAUUCCUUCGCCUUCGAGCUGCGGGACACGGGACGCUACGGAUUCCUCCUGCCCGCCACCCAGAUCAUCCCCACCGCCACCGAGACCUGGAUGGGCCUCAGGAAGAUCAUGGAGCACGUCCUGAAAAAGCAGGACUGAGCCCCGGGAGCCGGCAAAGGGCUCUUCCCCGG